AUGUCUAUUGCUAAGAAGAGGUUAGCACAGGAGAGGGCUGAGUGGAGGAAAGAUCAUCCUGCAGGAUUUUCAGCAAAAUAUAGUCCAAUGAGUGAUGGAAAAGGAUUAGAUAUUAUGAAAUGGGUAUGCAAAAUUCCAGGAAAAAAGGGGGGUCUAUGGGAAGGGGGUGAAUUUCCCCUGACGAUGGAAUUUACAGAAGACUAUCCAAGCAAACCUCCAAAAUGCAAAUUUACAACUGUGCUGUUUCAUCCAAAUAUUUAUCCAUCAGGGACGGUAUGUCUGUCCAUUUUAAAUGAAGACGAAGACUGGAAACCAUCGAUAACUAUUAAACAAAUUCUUUUAGGGAUUCAAGAUUUGUUGGACAACCCUAACCCGAAUUCCCCGGCUCAAGCGGAGCCUUUCCUUUUGUAUCAACAGGACAGAGACUCGUACGAGAAAAAAGUAAAAAAGCAGGCAUUAGAAUUUAGACCGAAGGAUUGA